AUGGGGUUGAAAGACAAGAGGUUGAAGGAAGGCAGAAAGAAACACAAGAAGAAGCCUUCUGAAGAGGAAGAGGAGAUACCGGGGGCAGAGGAGGAAGAGGAUCCCAAAAAGAAGAAAAAGGGUAAAAAAUCCAAGAAAGACUCAGCAGGGAGUGACGAGGAAAAGACUGACAAAAAGAAAAGGAAAGGAAAAAAAUUCAAGAAGCAGGUUGACUACAGUGAGAUUUAUGAGCAGGAGCUGAAAAACUACAACACAGACUCCUCUGAUGGAUAUGAGGAUGAGUAUCACAAGAGAAAAGUUUACGAGGUGGUCACAAUCACAGGAGAUGUCCGAGGAGCAGGAACCGAUGCCAACAUUUUUGUCACUCUCUUUGGAGAAUAUGGGAUCACGCCCAAAGUGCACCUUGCCAGCAAGAGCAGAACAGCUUUUGAAAAGAACAAAACAGAUGUGUUCAGGGUCAAAACCAACAAUGUUGGGCAAAUAAAAAAAAUAAGGAUCGAGCAUGAUAACACUGGGAUGAAUGCGAGCUGGUUCCUUGACAGGGUGGUGGUCACGGACAUGAACAGACCCCACCUCCGUUAUUACUUCCCUUGUAACAACUGGCUCAGCAGAGAGGAGGGAGAUAGACUGUAUGUGAGAGACCUGCUGGGCAGCCUCAACCCGAUGGAUGUACCAAAACUCAACAAGUAUAUUGUUAGUGUAUUCACUCCGGACAUUAAGGGCAGUGGUACAGAUGCAGAUGUUUUCCUAAAUAUAUUUGGAGAAAAUGGAGAUACAGGUGAAAGAAGGCUCGACAAUGACAAAAACAACUUUGAACGGGGGUCUGAGGACAAGUUUACCAUUGAGGCUCCCAAUUUGGGACGGUUGAGGAAGAUCACCAUUGGUCACAACAACAAGGGCUCCUCCGCUGGCUGGUUUCUCGACAAGGUGAUAGUUGAUGAUAUGGGCAACAAAGCUGUGUAUGAGUUCCCUGUGAACCGUUGGUUUGCAAUGGAUGAAGAUGAUGGCAAAAUCCAGCGGGACAUCCUGGUGGGAGGCAGCCAGGCCACAGGUAUUGUUUACAACGUCUCUGUGGUGACUGGCAAAGUCAGAGGUGCUGGCACCAACUCCAAGGUUCAUAUUCUCAUGCAUGGCUCCAAGGGCAUCAAGAACAGUGGGAAGAUCUUCCUGGAGGGGGGGAAGUUUGAGCGGGGGCUGACAGACAUCUUCAAUGUGGAGAUUGCUGCGCUGCUCAGCCCCCUUAGCAGAGUCACCAUCGGGCAUGACAACAACGGGGUCAGCUCGGGAUGGUUCUGUGAAAAGGUGAUAGUGUACUGUCCAUUCACUGGUAUUGAGCAGACUUUCCCAUGUGCUAAAUGGCUGGAUGAAGACGAGGGAGAUGGGCUGAUCGAAAGGGAGCUCUAUGAAAUGGUGUCCCUCCGGCAAAAGAAACAAAAAAGACUACCAUGGUCACUGUGGAUCUGGACCAGUGACAUCAAGAAUGCGGGGAGCGAUGCAAAUGUCUUCCUUCAGAUCUAUGGGGAGAAGGGUAAAUCGGACGAAAUGAGACUGGAUAACAAUUCAGAUAACUUUGAAGCUGGUCAAACAGAUAAGUUCAUGAUUGAGCUUCCUGAUUUGGGAGAUCUAUUCAAGCUUAGAAUUUGGCAUGAAAAAAGAAACCCAUUUGCAGGCUGGCAUUUAAAUAAGGUCACCUUGUUGAAGACACUGUCAAAAGAGAAGUACACAUUUCACUGUGGCCGAUGGCUGGAUAUGAAUGAAGAUGACAAUGAGAUUAUCAGGGAGCUGCCAGCAGAAGGACAACUGGUUAAAAAUCCUCUGCCAAUUGUGAAGUACAGAAUCACCAUCUACACAGGAACCAAGAGCGGGAGCGGCACAGACGCCUCUGUCUUUAUCUGUCUCAUUGGUGACAUGGGAGACACAGGAGAGCGGGUCUUGUACGCCAGCAAGAACAAUGUCAAUAAAUUUGAAAGCGGAAAUGCAGACGAGUUCCUUAUCGAGGCGGUGUCUUUGAAGCAGGUGAGGCGAGUGAGGAUCGGGCACAACGGCAGAGGUGGUGGCUGCGGCUGGUUCCUGGAUAAAGUGGUAGUAAGGGAGGAAGGACAGCCAGAAACACAGGCCGUCGAAUUCCCUUGCAACAGGUGGCUUGACAGGAAUGAAGAUGAUGGUCAGAUCGUUCGAGAGCUAGUGCCAGCUGGAGAAACACCGAUGCUUAGAAACAUCAGUUACCACAUUGCAGUGAAGACAGGCAAUAUUCCAGGUGCCAGCUCAGACUCCAAGGUGUUUGUCAAGCUCUACGGAGAGAAGGGGGGCACUAACAAACAGCUCCUGGUGGUCUCUGACAACGACCUGCAUAAUUACUUUGAAACAGGACAUACGGAUAUUUUCACAAUUGACACUAUGGAUAUUGGAAAGAUCAACCGGCUCCUGAUUGGACACAACAACGAAGGCUUGCGUGCUGGUUGGUUCCUUGACAGUGUUCAGAUUAAGGUGCCUGUCCAUGGGAAGCAGUACAUGUUCCCCAGUCAUCGUUGGCUCUGCAAAGACGAGGCUGAUGGGAAGGUGGAGGUGGAGAUCUACCCCAGCGAAAUACUGGACAUUGAAAAAUUUGAUAACUAUGAAAUUACAGUGAACACUGGCAACGCUCUGGCUGCGGGCACUAACGCCAGCGUCUUCAUCCAGAUUUAUGGGGAGAAAGGAAAGACAGAGUUAAUCAGCCUUCAGAACAGAUCGAACAACUUUGAACGCGGAGCAACCGAAGUGUUUAAGGUGGAAGCCGCAGGUGUUGGCAAGCUCUUCAAAAUUCGGAUUGGCCACAACGGAAAGGGUGCUAUGGAUGGCUGGUACUUGGAGUCAGUCAUCAUCAAGCACCUCACCACCUCGAUAGUGCCGCAGGAGGAUAAGAAGAAGAAGAAAAAGAAUACAGAGAACACCUACGAAGUCCAUGUGUUCACAGGGAGUGUGUUGGGCGCAGGAACAGAUGCCAAUGUGUAUAUUAAUGUGUAUGGAGAAAUGGGAGACACAGGAGAGAGGCAUCUGAAGAAGUCGAAUAACCUCAAUAAGUUUGAGAAAGGACAGGAAGAUAUAUUCACAAUCCCAGCUAUUGAUCUGGGGCUGUUGAAGAAGCUGCGAAUUCGCCAUGACAACUCUCAAGCACAAGCUGCCUGGUUCCUAGACAGAGUGGAAAUUAUAGAUGGCAAGGAUGACUCUACGUAUUAUUUCCCAUGUGAGCGGUGGUUAGCUAUUGAUGAAGAUGAUGGCCAGAUAGCCCGAGAGCUGGUUCCUGUAGAUGAGGCAUUUAUGAAAAAGAACUCAGACAGUGACGAGCAGUCUCAGGCUACCCUAGGACUGGAGCAGAAAGCUCAAUCUACAACCUACACUGUGACAGUGAAAACUGGAGACAAAAAGUACGCUGGAACAGAUGCUAAUGUGUUCAUUACCCUGUAUGGCGAUAAAGAUGACACAGGAAUUGUUAACCUCAAAGCUUCUAAGACUUACAAGAACAAGUUUGAGCGAGGACAUAUCGAUGAGUUCACUGUGGAGGCGGUGGAUAUCGGGAUGCUGAAAAAGAUACGAAUCGGGCAUGACUGUCUUGGCAACUCAUCUGGCUGGUUUCUGGACUGGGUGGAGAUUGACGCUCCUUCACUGGGUCAAAAGCUGCGCUUCCCCUGUGGGCGCUGGCUGGACAAAGCAGAGGAUGAUGGAGCGACUCAGAGGGAUCUCUUUCCUGCAAAUCUCCAGACUCAGGAGUACAUUCCAUUUGUGCCUUACGAAAUCACCACAUACACUAGUGAUAUUUAUGGUGCCGGGACAGAUGCUGAUGUUUUCAUUGCCCUCUAUGGGAGAGACAGCAUCUGCACUCAGCAGAAAUCACUGUGUAUCAACAAGCGAGAAAGGCGCAUGUACUUUGAGCGAGGCUCAGCUGAUAAGUUUAUUGUAGAGCUGGAGGAUGUUGAUGACGUUAUUGAAAAGAUCCGAAUCGGACACGAUGGGAAGGGAAUCAACUCUGGCUGGCACUUAGACAGAGUGGAAAUCAGAAGACUUUUGCCUAAGGGAAAAGGAUCAGAGACAACAAUCUUCCCCUGUGAACGCUGGCUGGCUAAAUCCGAAGAUGAUGGGGAGAUUGUGCGGGAGUUGGUGCCAUCAGAAAUCAUCCAGGAGAAGCUGCUCCGGGAUGGGACGCUGAAGCGGACGGAGAGCAUUGUGGAGGAUGCCCUGGAGACCCACACGUACACAGUGUCUGUGUACACUGGGGAUGUGUACGGCGCCGGCACUGAUGCCAAUGUCUUCCUCACCAUCUAUGGAGAUCUGGGAGAUACUGGAGAGAGAAAACUCAGAAAGUCUGAAACCAACUCCAACAAGUUUGAAAGAGGACAGGUUGAUAAGUUUACAAUUGAAGCAGUGGAUCUGGGGCAGAUUUACAAGUUAAAUAUCCGCCAUGACAACACCAUGAUGAAUGCCGACUGGUACUUGGAGCAGGUGGAGAUUAUGGAUAGGGACACAGAGGAGACAUACUUAUUCCAGUGUGAGCGCUGGCUGUCCAAGAACAAGGAAGACAAGAAGAUUGAGAGGAUUCUUUAUGUUAAGGGCUAUGAUGGAGAUCGGAGCAGCCUCAACAGCUCAAAAAAAAGUUUGAAAGACUCCUCUCUGCGCCUCAAGGCUCUGGACAGCAACAUGAACAAGAAGAAUAAGAGGAAGAGCAUCCUGGAUGAAAUCAUAGAGGAGGGGGCCAUGAUUUCUUAUCACAUUACCAUAUCGACUGGUUCAGAGCGGGAUUCUGGCACAACCAGUCGCGUUUACAUCAUCAUCAUGGGAUCCCACCAAGUUCAAACAGCCCGACUCUGGCUGGAUCUCCCAGAGGACAAAACAGGCUUUGCCCCAGGAUCCAUGGAGAAAUUUCAGGUGGAGGGAGCAGACGUGGGAGAGAUCAAGAAAAUUGAGCUAGGUCAUGAUGGGGCCACUCCAGAGAGCUGCUGGCUAGUGGAAGAGCUAGCCGUUGCCGUGCCAACCAAAGGGGUCAUGUACAUUUUCCAAUGCAAAUGCUGGCUUGCCAAAGACAGAGGGGAUGGUCUCACAGCUCGCAUUUUCAGUAUACUUGAUGCUGACAGCAUCAACAUUGGACAAAAGAUCCUUUAUGAGGUAAUUGUUGUCACUGGAGACACUCAGAAUGCUGGGACUGAUGCCAACAUUUACAUGUCAGUAUUUGGAGCCAAUGGGACUACAGAGGAGAUCUUGCUCUGCAAAAAUGGAAACAGGUUUGAAAGAGGUCAAGAAGACACCUUUGCUAUGGAGAUUGAUGACAUUGCUCCUCUGAGGAAGAUACGAGUACGCACAGAUGGAAAAGGAAGCCGCCCUGACUGGUUCUUGAAUAAGAUCAUUAUGCAGAAUAUGAGCAGCAAGGAGGUUUCUGUUUUCACCUACAAUGAGUGGCUCUCAAAGACACGAGGACCCAAGAGAACCACGGUGUGCGAGUUGGCAGCAGUGAUUGAUGAUGAGGAAAUGGUGGAGAAAACCACCUACACUAUCAUGGUGAAAACCAGCGACAUAUCAGGGGCUGGCACCGAUGCCAAUGUCUAUAUCAUUGUGUUUGGAGAGAACGGGGACACGGGCACAAUCCCACUGAAAGAAUGCAAUAAAGCCAACAAGUUUGAGCGGAAACAAACGGACGUCUUUAAGUUCCCAGAAAUGUUGAGUCUGGGAGAGCUCUCCAAGGUCAGAGUAUGGCAUGACAAUAAAGGUGCUUCAGCAGGCUGGCACUUGGAGUUCAUUGAUGUGAAGGAUGAAACGAUGGAUAAAACAUUCCGGUUCCACUGUAAUCGUUGGCUAGCGAAGAAUGAAGAUGACGGGCAGAUCAUACGGGAACUGCCCUGUGCAAAUAACGAUGUUCUGGACUUCUCAGACCGAACUAAAUAUGAAAUUCUUACAGUAACAAGUGACUGGGAUGAUGCAGACACAAAGGAAAAUGUUUGGAUUGUGUUGGAAGGGAAGAAGGGCAGAUCCAAAGAGUUCCUGCUGGAGAAUUCAACCAAGAAAAAGAAGUUCUUAAGGGGAGCUACUGACAAAUUUGAUUUUUCCUCAAAAAAUGUUGGUGAUAUUGCCAACAUUUGUCUUGGCCACUGUCCAAAAGAAGGAAAGAAAUUUACAAUGAAAAAUGAUGAAUACUGGCAUGUGGAAGAAAUAAUUAUCACAGAACAGGAGCUUGGAAACAAAUACAUUUUCCGGUGCAAAGCAAAAAUACCAUUGUCGCCCAAGAGGGAUGACUUCUUGAGUUUUGAGUGUGCCAAGGCGGUGGAGAGCUUUGCCAGCAAGGCCCGGAGCCUGGUUCCCGUCAAGUACGAGAUCAUCGUCAUUACAGGAGGUGAAAAGGGGGCCGGAACUGACGCCAAUGUCUUCAUCACUAUUUACGGCUCCAAUGGCGACUCUGGCAAGCGGGCGCUGCAGCAGAAGUUCCGGAACCUCUUUGAACGCGGACGCACUGAUCGCUUCAUGGUGGAGAUGCUGGACUUGGGGGAAAUCCACAAAGUAAAAGUUGAGCAUGACAACAGUAGCAUGAGUCCAGGAUGGUUAUUGGACAGAGUGGAGAUCACAAAUACUGCCACGGGCGUCACCACUCUUUUCCUUUGUGGCAAAUGGUUGGACAAGAAGAGAGCUGAUGGACAGACCUGGAGAAUGCUGUACCCGAAAUAGUACAUAAUUUACUUUAGUUUUGUUUUUUUUGUUUUUUUACAGUAGUUAAAGCUGCUUAGCCCAUCUGAGCCAGGUUUUAUAGGCUGUAGACAAGAGCCUCUCCAAUUUGGCAAAUUCCAUUCACUUACAAACAUGUAUUUUUUUUUUUUUUUUACAUUUAGUUCAAAACAGGACCUCAUGAGAACAGAAAGAUGCUGGGAAGGCUGAGUAUGUCACAUUAUGUAUUUUGAUCCCAGCACACUCUUUAAAAUGUUUUAAUGUAAUUGGAACAAAAGCUUUUGUGAUAAACUUAGACAUAUAAAAACAGCCUAAAUUGACAGCCUAAAGCACAGUUCUAAUAAAUUAAAAUUUUGAAAUGGCAACAUUUCCAGUAAGUCAAGUAAUGAAUCAAGAGACACAUUUGUGUUUUUUCAAAUGAGUGGACAACUUACAUGAAAUGUUUCAUUUUUAAAAACUUACAUUUUUUUUCCUGAGAAUUCUUACUGAAAACUAUGUGUAUAAUACAAACGUUGG